GCGAUUUUCUUGUUGUUGGGGUUCGGGUCGUCCUGCCGGCGAGGUGUUUGCUCGUUUGUCCGUGAAGGGCUGUUCUGGCUUUGCUCGAUGGUUGGCUUCUUCGGAAGGGCGUUUAGGAGAGAUUCGUGUCUAUAGGCCUGCAUCGGUUGAUGAUUGUUUGACGAGUGAAGAUUGGGGAGUGAUGAUGAUGAUGAUGAUGCGGUUUUAUUGUGAUUGCGAUCCCUGUGUGUUGUUUUCUCUUUUGCCUUUGUGGGCGAUGGAUUGUGGUUCUGAUCUCAUCGGCUUUUACCCGGCAUUUUCGAACUUUUUGAUCGUUUCAUUCCUGGUUGCAGCUUCCAAGGGAUUUGACCCGGAAUUUUGGAUCCUGCGGUCCUACUUCGUGUGAUCGUGCAAUCCACGCCAAGCUCGAGUUGGCUUUGUCAGAUAGUAUACUGUGGAAUCGGAAUUCGUUGAGGACUAUGAAUAACCAUGCCAGAAACAACAGAAGACCUAGAGUACCUGCUCAGAGUGCCCGUCAAGAAUGGGUUCCCAGAGGGUCUGUACCAAAUGCUCCGCCUGCAAACCCUCCGGCACCGGCGAACUUGAACCCCAGUUCUGAUGAUGGAACGUUUUCUUCUGAUAGUCGGCAUGCAUCAAAUUUUCGCGUUUUUCCUCCCGAUAAUGGGCAUAGAGGGAACUUGCGCGGAAAUGAUGGGUUUGCGAAUCACAGUUCUGUUCCCAGUGGUAAUCAUGGUCCAAGAGGUCACCCUGCUCGACCUUUGAAUCAGAGAAGGGAGAAGGAAAAAGCGAGGAGCGAGUUCAAUGGAGAGAGAGUGUCCAAUGACCCGAAUUUGCCUCAGUUGGUGCAAGAAAUUCAGGAGAAGCUGAUGAAGGGUACUGUGGAGUGCAUGAUAUGCUAUGAUAUGGUCCGGAGGUCUGCACCCAUUUGGUCUUGCUCCAGCUGCUACUCCAUUUUUCAUCUCAAUUGCAUCAAGAAGUGGGCUCGGGCGCCCACUUCGGUCGAUCUUUCUGCCGAGAAGAAUCAGGGUGUCAAUUGGCGUUGUCCUGGAUGUCAGCACGUGCAACUGACAUCAUCAAAGGAGAUUCGAUAUGUGUGCUUCUGCAGAAAAAGGACAGAUCCGCCGUCAGAUUUAUAUUUGACACCACAUUCAUGUGGAGAACCUUGUGGGAAGCCAUUGGAAAGGGAUAUCUUGCAUCCUGGUGAGAGGGAGGAGGAUUUUUGCCCCCAUCUUUGUGUCUUGCAGUGCCAUCCUGGUCCAUGCCCUCCUUGCAAGGCAUUUGCCCCUUCGCGGCUGUGCCCUUGUGGGAAGGAAACGAUUACGACUCGAUGCUCUGAUCGCAGGUCCGUUCUUACUUGUGGUAAGUGCUGCGAUAAGCUUCUUGAGUGCGGGCGUCAUCGCUGUAAGCAAACUUGCCAUGUGGGUCCAUGCGAUCCUUGCCAAGUACUAUUGAAUGCUUCAUGCUUCUGCAGAAAGAAGAUAGAGGUUGUUCUUUGUGGAGAAAUGGCCAUGAAGGGAGAAGUUGAUGCGGAAAGUGGUGUUUUUUCUUGCAAUUCAACUUGUCAAAAAUUGCUUAGUUGUGGUAAUCAUUCAUGCGGCGAAGUUUGCCAUCCGGGUCCUUGCAGGGAGUGCGACUUAUUGCCGGGCAGGAUUAAAACGUGCUAUUGUGGAAAAAUGAAUUUGAGGGAUGAAAGACAGAAUUGUCUGGACCCCAUUCCAACUUGCUCUCAAGUUUGUGACAAGUUACUCCCUUGUGGGACACACUUUUGUGAGGAAACGUGUCAUGCAGGGAUUUGUCCUCCUUGUAUGGUGACUGUUGCCCAAAAAUGUCGUUGUGGCUUGACUUCUCGUACUGUUGAGUGCCACAGAACGAGGGAGGAGAUAUUCACUUGUGAUAAACCGUGCGGACGGAAGAAAAAUUGUGGUAGGCAUCGUUGUAGCGAGCGUUGCUGCCCUUUGUCAAAUUCUAGCAACCUUCCUCUUGGUGACUGGGACCCUCAUUUGUGCUCCAUGGUCUGUGGCAAGAAGCUUAGAUGCGGGCAGCAUUCAUGUGAAUCACUUUGUCACAGUGGCCACUGCCCUCCUUGCCUCGAAACGAUCUUCACCGAUUUAACUUGUGCAUGCGGUAAAACUUCGAUUCCUCCUCCUCUGCCUUGUGGCACACCCCCACCUUUGUGUCAGCUACCAUGCUUGAUCCCUCAACCUUGUGGGCACUCAUCCACUCACAGCUGUCACUUUGGAGAAUGCCCUUCCUGUUCAUUUCCAGUGGCAAAAGAGUGCAUCGGUGGACAUGUGGUUCUCAGGAACAUACCGUGUGGGUCCAAAGACAUCAGAUGUAACAAACCCUGUGGUAAGACCAGGCAGUGUGGUUUACACGCCUGUGGCCGGACUUGUCACCCGCCACCUUGUGAUUCCGACAAUUCAGCCGGUGAAACAAGUCUCAAAGUUUCGUGUGGACAGGUAUGUGGUGCUCCUAGAAGAGAUUGCAGACACACUUGCAAAGCGCCUUGUCACCCUUCAGCUUCAUGUCCUGAUUCGAGAUGUGAUUCCCCUGUCACAAUCACUUGUUCUUGUGGACGAAUAACAGUAAGUGUACCUUGUGAUGCCGGUGGGACCAAUGGCAAUUUUAGCACCGACGCUGUUUUUGAAGCUUCCAUAAUCCAAAAGUUGCCUGUGCCACUUCAACCAGUAGAAGCUACUGGGAAGAGAACUCCACUUGGGCAGAGGAAGCUGGUGUGUGAUGAUGAAUGUGCUAAAUUAGAGCGCAAGCGGGUUCUUGCAGAUGCUUUUGACAUCAACCCACCGAACUUGGAAGCCCUUCAUUUCGGGGAGAAUUCUUCCGUGUCAGAAUCAGUUCUGGAGCUCUUUAGGCGUGAUCCUAAAUGGGUGUUAGCUGUUGAGGAGAGAUGCAAGUUUUUAGUUCUUGGCAAGAGCAGAGGAAGUGCCACUAGCCUCAAAGUUCAUGUUUUCUGUCCAAUGCUGAAGGAAAAAAGAGAUGCAGUGAGGCUUAUUGCCGAGAGGUGGAAGCUUGUGGUUAGCGCAGCUGGUUGGGAGCCAAAACGUUUUAUUGUGGUCCACGCCACGUCAAAGUCUAAAGUACCAGCUCGUGUGCUCGGAGGUAGGGGCUCUAUAACCUCAAACGUGCCCCACCCACCCACAUUCGACCCGUUGGUUGACAUGGACCCUAGGCUUGUUGUUUCUUUCCUUGACUUGCCUAGGGAGGCAGAUAUAAGCGCUCUGGUCCUGAGAUUUGGUGGGGAAUGUGAGUUAGUCUGGUUGAAUGAUAAGAAUGCGCUGGCCGUGUUCAGUGACCCCGCUCGUGCUGCAACUGCUUUGAGGAGGUUGGAUCAUGGCUCAGCUUAUCAUGGGGCUGUUGUGCUUCAGAAUGGAAGUGCCUCAUCAUCAUUGACUAUGCCCAAUGUGUGGGGAGGAGCUGGUCCGGCCAAAGAAGGAGCUUCAGUUGGAGCUAUGAAGGGCAAUCCAUGGAAGAGGGCUGUUGUGCAGGAGGUUUCCGAUUGGAAGGAAGAUUCAUGGGGUGGUGAGGAGUGGUCUAUUGAUUCUCAGAGCUCCAGUUUGAAAGAGAAAGAAGCUCCUAUAUAUGCUUCGGUUAAUCGUUGGAGCGUCUUGGAUUCUGAAAACGCCACGAGCUCCUCUGCUUCGUUAGUCGGAAAGGAGAUCAAUUCGGUUAAAAUUGGAGGUCAGGUUGUGGUGGGCUCGGAAUUGAAGGCUGGCGGGUGUAGUUCAGAAGGAACGCUAGGACUGGUUUCUAGUGCAGUGGAGGCGGCUGAAGUAGUUGAUGACUGGGAGGAGGCUUGCGAAGUAUAUCAACCACGGUUGCCCAGUUCACUUUCUCUCAACAAGCUCUGUUUAGUCAUGGAUCCUCCGCUGAACCAUGGAACUUUCUCUCGUCAGCCUCAGAAAGAAACAUGGAAGCAUGUGGCCCUCUUAUCGUUUCAGACCCUUGGAGUAGUCUACGGCCAUUUAAGUACUGCACCUUUGUAUGUUUUUGGAACGAUCCCUAAAGAGGAUUUCGUGUCAGAUGAGACUCCAUAUGAGUUCUUCUCCUUCAUCUUCUGGACAAUCACCGUCAUUUCCUUGCUGAAGUAUGCCUUAAUAGUCUUGAUAGCCGAUGAUGAUGGAGAGGGCGGUACAUUCGCUUUAUACUCGCUAUUGUGCAGGCACGCGAAAGUGGGUCUGCUUCCGAAUGAUCAAUUUACCGACAAGGCUGUGCAUUUGGUGGAGACCCCAUCUAAGAUGAAGUUGGGAUUGAGGGCCAGAAGGGCUCUCGAGAAGCACCGAUUUAGCCACUACUUGAUGCUGUUCUUGGCUCUGUUUGGUUCGUGUAUGAUUAUCAACGAUGGAGUGCUUACCCCCGCAAUAUCCGUGCUGUCGGCUUCUAAUGGGGUUGAGCGGUCAUUGUCGGAGAUUGUCAAUUCAUCUUCCUCUUCAAACGCCACUCGAGAUUCCAUUACAAAAGCCUUGAAAAAAUAUGUUCCGGUUCCUUCUGCAUGCAUCAUACAGAUUUGCCUUUUCAUGCUGCAGCGAUAUGGAACGGAUAAAAUAGGGUUCCUAUUCGCACCAAUCGUCACCAUUUGGCUCUUAUUUAUUGGUGCGGUAGGUGUAUAUAAUAUCUUGCACUGCAACCCUGAUAUUCUUCAUGCCAUAUCCCCGGCAUACAUGUACAGAUUCGUGAGAAAUAUCCAUAAACAUAGUUGGAGAUCUUUGGGAAGCAUUCUUCUCUGCAUAGCAGGAUCAGAAGCGAUGUUUGCGAAUCUAGGCCACUUUUCAAAGAAGUCAAUUAAGAUAACCUUUGUGUGCUGCGUUUAUCCAGUUCUUCUCGUAUCCUAUGCGGGUCAAGCUGCAUUCAUAUCCAAAAACUGGCAGAUCGUCCAACACUUCAAUCAUCUCAGUAGCUCUAUGCCGGAUCAUACUCGGCAUGGUUUUGUGGUGUUAUCUCUGUUCGCUUCAGCGGUCGGGAGCCAAGCAUCGAUUACGGCCAGCUUCUCGAUCAUAAACCAGCUCCUGGCACUUAACUGCUUCCCCCAGGUAAAAGUGGUGCACACGUCAGAUAAGAUACACGGGCAGGUCUACAUCCCAGACCUCAAUUGGCUGUUGAUGGUCCUGAGCCUCUCGGUGACGAUCGGUUUCCACAAAGUCGAGGCAAUUGGAUACGCGACAGGAAUGGCCAUUGUGUCAGGAAUGCUCGUAACAACCUCCCUGAUGUCACUUGUGAUCUCUCUCUACUGGGAAAAGAGCCUAAUCCUAUCAGCGUGUUUCCUGAUGUUCUUCGGCUUUAUCGAAGUCAUGUACCUAUCAGCAUGUAUUUGGAACUUCCACCUGGGGGCAUGGUACCUCGUCAUGCUCUCUGUGCUGUUCUUGACCAUCAUGCUCGUGUGGCAUUACGGAUCGAUGAAGAAGUAUGAGUUCGAUCUAGAGAACAAGGUCUCGUCCGAGUGGCUCACCGACUUCAGCGAGGGUCUUGGGAUCUCCAGGGUCCCCGGGAUCGGCUUCAUCUACACGGACAUAGUGACUGGGGUCCCAGCAUUCUUCUCACACUUCGUCACGAACCUUCCCGCAUUCCACCAGGUGCUCAUCUUCGUGUCCUUCAAGUCUCAGCCGCUGCCUUACGUGCCCUGUGACCAGCGAUUCCUCAUUGGCAGGGUCGGCCACAAGGACUACAAGAUCUACCGGUGCAUCGUGCAAUAUGGAUACUGCAACCGCAUCAGGGACACAGACGAUUUCGAGGAGCAGAUCAUCCAUUCCAUCGGGGAAUUCAUUUCUCUGGAAGAGAACGACUUCGAGUCCAUCACUUCUGAGGAAGGGAAGAUGACCAUCGUCGGGAAGCCGGGAUCGGAUGGAAACGCGGCGUAUGCCCUCAUCCCGGUUAACAACUCCAUGUCCACUGCGUCCUCAAGCCGGACCAGCAAGGAAAACAUGACCAUUUCGUACCACCCCGGGUCGGAAAAAGAUCCUAGUACUAAUGCCCCAGUCAGGAGGAAGAAGGUCCAGUUCGUAUUGCCUCCAGAGAGUCGUCCCAAAAUGCAAGCAUCUGUGCGGGAGGAGUUGCAACAACUAGUUGACGCUAGGGAGAGCGGCACCGCAUACAUCCUCGGCCAGUCCCAUCUGGUGGCACGUAAAGGUUCGAACUUUCUGAAGCGGCUCGUGAUUAUGGUCUAUGUUCUCCUGGAUAGAAACUCCCGGGAGCCUCUGGUUGCGCUGAACAUCCCCCACGCCGCACUCGUCGAGGUCGGCAUGGUGUACAUGAUAUGAUAAGAAUCGAGGCGGUCCUCGAAUUAGAGCUUCGAAUUUGUGCAUAUGUUUGAUGAGAAGUGAAGGAUGUUCCUAUAUUUCACAGGAUCACCUAAGGUCUACUGUAGCAUCGUUAUGGUGUGAUUUCCAUCAUACUGGCUAAAAUAACGGUGACAUAUGAAACGUUAUCCCA